AUGGAGGUCUUCUACUUCAACUCCUCCAUCCUCUACAUCCAUAGGCCACCGUUAAACAUCAGCGUUGAGGGCGGUGACAUUACCGUGUACGAAGAGUGUAAGGACAUGCCCGCCGCCCUGAUAUUUUAUCUGGUCCUGCAGUUCAUCAACAUGUUCCUGGGGAUCCCUGCUAACGUCAUGGUGCUGUGGCUCCUGCACAAGAACAAGGGGGACUCCUCCACCUCCGACAUCUUUAUCCUCCACCUGGCUAUCCUGGAUAUCUUCUUCUGCCUUCUCCCACCCCUGGAGCUGGCCAACAAAGUCUUCCUCACCAUCAGCAGUAUGUGGUAUGCACUGCGCUUCUUCUACGGGGUGAAAGACUCUUCGCUUCUCUUCCUCUCCUGCAUCUGUCUGGACCGCUACAUGGCCGUCUUGCACCCCAUCACCUUCACCGAGCUGAAGGACCGAAGCCACCGCACGGUGUGUGUUGCUGUGGUGUGGCUGGUCACCCUGGCCUAUGCUGCAGCCAAGUGUGUGGGGAGCAUCCCAAACUUUGAGAAGGCCUUCGUCAUCAUGAUCCUGGCAGCGUUUGCCUUCAUGCUCUUCUGCAAUGGGGCCAUCCUGCAUGCGCUACGCAAGUCGGGCCCUGGCCGCGAUGAGAUGCACCCAGUCAAGAAGAGGGCCUUCAAGAUGGUGCUCAUCAUACUAGGCAUCAUCGUCUUUAACUAUUUCCCACCUGUGGCACUCUUCCCCUUUCAGGAGCGUUUCUCCCAAGAUGUGUUCAACUGCUACAUCAACUACGUAUCAUUUGGCUUCAUGGACAUCAGCAGCAGCAUUCAGCCUGUUCUCUACCUCUCCCGGGAGAAGCUUCCCAGGGUCUUUUGUUGCUGCCGUAAGGAUGGAGACUCAGGAAACUCCACGGAUCCAAGCUGA